AUGUUCGAUGUCGCGGAAAACGAGUUUGGGGGUGCAGACAUUGCAAGAGCUGGCGUGUUCGAGCCACACUGGUCGAACUUUUGGCACCCUCCCGGCUCAGCAGCCUCCAAGGACAAGCUCUUGGGAUCCGAUGGAAUCGGCCAUUAUGCAACCCUUGACAUCAACGUGACACAUCCUAUCCGAACCACACAGCUAGCCAUCUCCCGAUGGCUCAAUCCAUCAGAGGGUAGUAAGACCGGCAAAGUCUCGCCUUCCAAUCCCAAGCGAGUGGUUCAUAUCAGCAGUAUCGCUGGCCAAACACCAAGCUUCGUCACCCCUAUAUAUGCAGCGAGCAAGCAUGCGAUUUCGGGGUUCAUCCGCAGCCUGGCUCCUCUGGAAGACCAUUUGGGAAUCAAAGUCAACGGUGUGGCGCCUGGAAUCAUCAAGACACCUCUUUGGACAGAUCAUCCAGAGAAGUUGAGUCUGUUUGAUGAUUCGCAGGAUGAGUGGGUCGAGCCCGAGGAGGUCGCUGAGGCUAUGCUGAGAUGUUUGGAGGAUGAUGAGCUCAAAGGGGGCUGGGUGUUGGAGGUCCUCAAGGGUACAUCGAGAAACGUCGAUGCUACGGAUGCUCCCGGUCCAAAGGGUCCUGGAGGAGGGAUCAGUAAUCCUGCGACUAAUAUUGCCGAGCUACUAUCUUGGCUUGGAACUGACGGUUGGGGCGUGGCGAAGUAG